GGAAUUGCAGGAAAAACCCCAGCCCUCUCCUGCAGAGCCUCAGCCAGUGAUAGCUGCCUCCCGGAUGAGAAGGGCGGCCCUGAAGCCAGCAACAACACCAGCCCCACAGCCUCGGGCCCUCCUGCCUCCUUGCGGCUCCCAAUAGCCUGGACCUGCGGCCCUCUAGGACUAAGGUGUUUCCAGGGGAAAUUCAGGCAUUUGUUGGCCCUCAUGUCAGUCGAACCCAGCUCGGGGCCCAGCCCCUCAGAGGGGUUCACCGCAGUGCCUGCCAGUGACUUUGGAGAGAUCCACAACUGGACUGAACUGCUCUACUUCUUCAACCACACGUUGUCUGAGUGCCACGUGGAGCUCAGUGAGAGCACCAAGCGAGUGAUCCUCUUUGUCCUCUACCUGGCCAUGUUUGUGGUUGGGCUGGUGGAGAACGUUCUGGUGAUAUGCGUCAACUGGCAUUGCUCAGGCCGGGCGGGGCUGCUGAACCUCUACAUCCUCAACAUGGCCAUCGCGGACCUGUGUGUCGUCCUGUCUCUGCCUGUGUGGAUGCUGGAGGUCAUGCUAGACUACACCUGGCUCUGGGGCAGCUUCUCCUGCCGCUUCACUCACUACUUCUACUUUGCCAACAUGUACAGCAGCAUCUUCUUCCUGGUGUGCCUCAGCGUGGACCGCUACGUCACCCUCACCAAUGCCUUCCCCUCCUGGCAGCACCGCCAGCACCGAGUGCGGCGGGCCGUGUGCGCAGGCGUCUGGGUCCUCGCGGCCGUCAUCCCGCUGCCAGAGGUGGUCCACAUCCAGCUGGUGGAGGGCUCCGAGCCCAUGUGCCUCUUCAUGGCACCCUUCGAAACGUACAGCACGUGGGCCCUGGCAGUGGCCCUGUCCACCACCGUCCUGGGCUUUCUGCUGCCCUUCCCGCUCAUUGCCGUCUUCAACGUGCUGACGGCCUGCCGGCUUCGGCGGCCAGGACAGCCUGAGGGACGGCGCCACUGCCUGCUGGUGUGUGCCUACGUCGUCGUCUUCGUCGUCUGCUGGCUGCCUUACCACGUGACCCUACUGCUGCUCACACUGCAUGGGACCCACGUCUCCCUCCACUGCCACCUGGCCCACCUGCUCUACUUCUUCUACGACAUCAUCGACUGCUUCUCCAUGCUGCACUGCGUCGUCAAUCCCAUCCUCUACAACUUCCUCAGCCCGAGCUUCCAGGGCCGGCUGCUGAGCGCUGUGGUCCGUUAUCUUCCCAAGGACCAGGCCAGGGCAGGCGCACACGCUUCCUCUUCCUCCUCCUCCACCCAGCAUUCCAUCAUCAUCUCCAAGGAGGGGCCCCAGCCCAGCGCAGGCCCCCAGCCCUGCCCAUGCCUGAACGUCCAGGCGGCCUCUUUGCCUGCAAAUACCUCACCUACCUCUACUCCUCAACCUUUUAUAUCCACCUGAGGUAGAUUCCAGGCUCCAUCAGUGAAGUAAAAGGCUGGAGGUGUAGGUGAGAGAUUUGGGGGCCAAUGGGGAAGAGGGUCAAUUUUGAAUAGAUCUUAAAAUACUGAGGUGGGCAGAGGGAGAAGGGUCAGGGAGAGAUAAGAACAGGUCCUUGGUGUUGUACUGUUUGUCUCGGUCCUUGUGUCUAAGGGAGCCAUGCAGAAUAAAAGGUAAAAUAAAUAAUA